AUCCAUUUCUCUUCGUCUGUGGCGGGAAGAGCUGCAGCAGGAGAAAGCAACAUCGGCUGGGCAAGCUCAAUUCCCCAAAAACCCUAGAAAUAGCAAAAUUCACCUGUUCUCCCCUUUUUUUUUGUUUCACAAGGUUCUUCAACCAGAGGAGCCAGAUUGUGAAGGGAACUUUAUAUUGAAGGAAUUUCCAAAAUGUAUUGGGUAACGACGAGAAGCGUCAUCGUUUUAAUCCCUAAGUGGCGGUCCCUCUCUCUCCUUCUUCAUUCCCCUGCUUCCAGAUACAUUUCUUUUUCUCGGUCGCCGUUGUUGCUAAGGAGCAGACAUGUUGAAAGAAUUCAUUGCUUCAAAGAACGUAAAGUGUCUGCAAGAGGUAUCAAGAAACUAAAAGCAUCAAGUGUUGUUUUGAAUGAUAAGGAUCUUUCUCACAUAAUCUGGUGGAAGGAGAGGCUGCAGCAGUGCAGGAAGCCUUCUACCAUCCAGCUGAUUAAAAGGCUUAUUUAUUCCAAUUUGCUUGGCUUGGAUGUAAACUUAAAAAAUGGGAGUCUGAAAGAAGGAAACCUCAAUUGGGAGAUGUUGCAGUUCAAAUCAAAGUUCCCACGUGAGGUUUUGCUUUGCAGAGUUGGGGAUUUUUAUGAAGCAAUUGGAAUAGAUGCCUGUAUUCUUGUUGAAUACGCUGGUUUAAAUCCUUUUGGUGGACUGCGAACAGAUAGCAUUCCAAGAGCUGGCUGCCCAGUCAUGAAUCUUCGGCAAACUUUAGAUGACUUGACACGAAAUGGGUAUUCUGUGUCCAUAGUGGAGGAAGUUCAGGGUCCAACCCAAGCUCGUUCUCGCAAAGGCCGGUUUAUAUCUGGGCAUGCACAUCCAGGCAAUCCAUACGUUUUUGGACUUGUUGGGGUAGAUCAUGAUCUUGACUUUCCGGAGCCAAUGCCUGUAGUUGGGAUAUCUCAUUCUGCAAGGGGUUAUUUGAUAGUUUCGGUGUUAGAGACUAUGAAAACAUAUUCAUCAGAGGAUGGUCUUACUGAGGAGGCUUUGGUUGCCAAGCUUCGCACUUGUCGCUACCAUCAUCUAUUUCUUAAUACAUCUUUAAGACACAAUUCCUCAGGAACUUGUCGUUGGGGAGAAUAUGGCGAAGGUGGUCUUUUAUGGGGAGAAUGCAACGCCAGACAUUUUGAAUGGUUUGAAGGCGAUCCUGUCACUGAGCUUCUGAUUAAGGUCAGGGAGCUUUAUGGUCUUGAUGAUGGAGUUGUGUUCAGAAAUGUCACUGUGCUUUCAGAAAAUAGGCCCUGUCCAUUGCACCUUGGAACAGCAACACAAAUUGGUGUCAUACCAACUGAAGGAAUACCUUGUUUAUUGAAGGUGUUACUUCCAUCAAGUUGCGCGGGUCUACCUGUAUUAUACAUAAGAGAUCUUCUACUGAACCCUCCUGCUUAUGAAAUUGCAUCCACAAUUCAAGCAACAUGCAAACUUAUGAGCAAUGUAACAUGCUCAAUUCCAGAAUUUACUUGCGUUUCGUCUGCAAAGUUGGUAAAGUUACUCGAACUGAGGGAGGCCAAUCAUAUUGAGUUUUGCAGAAUAAAAAAUGUGCUUGAUGAAAUAUUGCACAUGUACAGAAGCUCUGAGCUUUGUGAAAUCCUAAAAUCAUUGAUGGAUCCUACAUGGGUGGCAACUGGUUUGAAAGUUGACUUUGAAACAUUAGUUAAUGAAUGUGAAUGGGCUUAUGGUAGAAUUCAUGAAAUGAUCUCUGUAGAUGAUGAAAUUGACCGAAAGUUAAGCUCUUGUUCUGUCAUUCCUAGUGAAUUUUUUGAGGAUAUGGAAUGUUUGUGGAAAGGUCGUGUGAAGAGGGUCCAUAUAGAAGAGGAAUUUGCAGAAGUGGGAAGGGCAGCACAGGCCUUGUCUUUAGCAGUCACCGAAGAUUUCCUUCCUAUCAUUUCAAGAAUAAAAGCUACCACGGCCCCACUUGGUGGCCCCAAAGGAGAGAUAUUAUAUGCUCGAGAGCAUGAAGCUGUUUGGUUUAAGGGAAAACGGUUUGCGCCAUCAAUUUGGGCUGGGACCCCUGGGGAAGAACAAAUUAAACAGCUUAAACCUGCUAUAGAUUCUAAAGGUAGAAAAGUUGGUGAGGAAUGGUUUACUACCAUCAAGGUGGAAGAUGCUUUAAUGAGGUAUCAUGAUGCAAGCGACAGGGCAAAAGCAAAGGUCUUGGAAUUGUUGAGGGGACUAUCUGCUGAGUUACAGUCAAAGAUCAAUAUCCUUGUCUUUGCAGCAAUGCUGCUUGUUAUUGCGAAGGCGUUAUUUGCUCAUGUGAGUGAAGGGAGACGAAGGAAAUGGGUUUUCCCCACUCUUUGCAGGUUUAAUAAGUUAAAGGUAGAUGCAAAGUCAUUGGAUGGAGCUAAUAGGAUGAAAUUAAUUGGCCUGUCUCCAUACUGGCUUGAAGCAGCUGAAGGCAGUGCUGUGCAGAAUACAGUUGAUAUGCAAUCCCUAGUUCUUUUGACAGGACCGAAUGGAGGUGGUAAAUCCAGUUUGCUCCGAUCAAUUUGUGCUUCUGCACUGCUUGGAAUAUGUGGAUUUAUGAUGCCUGCAGAAUCAGCCGUGAUUCCUCACUUUGAUUCCAUUAUGCUUCACAUGAAAUCUUAUGAUAGUCCUGCUGAUGGGAAAAGUUCAUUCCAGAUGGAAAUGUCAGAAAUCCGGUCCCUUAUAACUGGAGCCUCAUCGAGAAGUCUUGUACUUGUAGAUGAAAUAUGUCGAGGGACAGAAACAGCAAAAGGGACUUGUAUUGCUGGAAGCAUUGUUGAAACUCUUGAUAAAAUUGGUUGUCUUGGUAUUGUAUCUACCCAUCUGCAUGGAAUAUUUGAUUUGCCACUUGAUACCAAGAACGCUGAAUACAAAGCAAUGGCAACCGAAUAUGUUGAUGGACAAACAAAACCUACUUGGAGGUUGAUAGAUGGGAUCUGCAGGGAAAGCCUUGCUUUUGAAACAGCAAAGAGGGAAGGGAUCCCUGAAACAAUAAUCCAAAGAGCUGAAGACUUGUAUUUUUCUGCUUAUGCAGAAGAAGUUUCUCCAGAAAGGGUUGAAGAGAGAAAAAAAGUGUCUUAUUCUGGUGGGAUUCUUAACAGCUCCCAUGAAGCCCAUAUUCCACCAAGGGGAACUACAGCAGGAGCUCUUGAUCACAAUACCAAUUCAGGAAAGGUGGAAGUUAUAGAGAGGAAGGAUGUAGAGAGUGCUAUUACCAUAAUAUGCCAGAGGAAGCUGAUUGAACUUUACAAACAGAAGAGCACAUCAGAACUUCUAGCUGUGCAAUGUGUUACUAUUGGUGCUAGGGAGCAGCCGCCUCCAUCAACAAUAGGUGCUUCAUGUGUGUAUGUGAUGCUGAGACCUGACAAGAGACUGUACGUUGGAGUGACAGAUGAUCUUGAAGGCCGAGUCCGUGCGCAUCGAUCAAAGGAGGGGAUGCAUAAUGCCUCCUUCCUUUAUUUUAUAGUCCAAGGAAAAAGCAUAGCUUGCCAACUGGAAACCCUUCUCAUCAACCAGCUCCCUAAUAAAGGCUUCAAACUCACUAAUGUGGCAGAUGGUAAACAUCGAAAUUUCGGCACAACCAAUCUCUCCCUGGAAAGUAUGCCUGUUCAUUAAUGCUUCUCCAGCCAUGAUCUUCCAUUUUGUAAAAGCUACUUUGAUGAGGAGAAAUGGGUUCCUAACCCUUUUCGUAUGUAGAAAAUGUUGUAGGAUUAAGUAGCAGUGGUUGCAGCAAUUUUGUUUGGAUGUCAGUUGCUUCCCUUCCAGAUUACGUAGAUUUUUUUUACCAACAAGAUUAUGUAGAUUACCCACUGGACAGGGUAAAUUUUUCAACAGAUUGAUGCUUUUUACGGGGUAACAACUUGUGCUUGUAUAUUUGAUUUAAAAUUCACUAGUGGAUAUAUUUCCCCCAGUUCUGCAA